AAAAAAUGAACUGGAAGAAAAUUGUAUUCAUCGCAACAAUUUCAAUAAUUUUCAUCUACUAUUCAACAUUAUUUUUUCAACUAAUAACAGAAAAUUUCUAUCUACAUCAACGGAGAAAAUUUAAUGUAAAUCAAAUAAUUGAUAUUAUUAAUGAUUCGUCGAUAAAAAAAAUACUCCUCUGGAAUUCAAUGUUUGGUGAUAAAAAUUUUUAUUUUCAUUUAGAAAAUAAUUUGGAAAAUUGUCCAAAGAAUAAGAGGCAAAAAUGUCUUUUCACAUAUAAUAGAAAUAUAGUGAGGGAGGAAUUAUUUGAUGCCAUAUUAUUUCAUGGUAUUAACGAUUUAGAAUACAAUGAUUUACCAAUAAAGAGAUCGUACUCUCAACAUUAUAUAUUUGUCAGUUUGGAAAGUCCGGCAAAUCGACAAGUACUUGAAUUUUUUUCAAAGGACUAUUUUAAUUUAACAAUGACUUAUAAUUUUAAUAGUGACAUUAUUUGGCCCUAUUCAACAAUUGUAAAUAGAACGAGUCAAGUAAUUAUUGCACCGAGUUUACCAGUCAAGUGGAAUACAACGUAUGAAGAUAUGGAGGAUGAUGAAAAUAUCAAGAAGGCAGUGAGAAGGAAAGAAAAUAUGAUAAUCUGGUUUCGAAGUAAUUGCAAUACAAAAAGUGGUCGAGAAAAUUAUGUUAAAGAUUUGGAAAAGUAUAUUCAAGUUGAUAAAAUUGGUAAUUGUCAAUUCACGGAUAAAUCUUGUUCGAAAAGGCAAAAUUGCUUCGCCGAUAUUGUUGAACCAAAUUACUUUUUCUAUUUAUCUUUCGAAAAUUCUUUCUGUCACGAUUACGUUACUGAGAAAUUCUUCACGGCACUGCAAUAUAAUGUCGUACCAAUUGUUUAUGGUGCAGCGAAUUACAGUAACUUUGCACCACCGAAUUCCUAUAUAAACGCAUUGGAUUUUGAAUCACCGAAAGAAUUAGCAAAUUAUUUAUUGAAUCUGACAAAGAAACUUUCCGAGUACAUGAAAUAUUUUCGAUGGAAAAAAUAUUAUGCAAUACAAACGUCAAAUGAUAAUGUAAUGUGUGAUUUAUGUCGAUUACUGCACGAAACAAAUGUGACGAAAAUUUAUAAAAAUAUAUUUUCCUGGUACAGUAGCGAAAGACAAUGUCCAAUACAGGAGAAAUUAAUUCGACAAAUUGAAUUGGGUGGCAAAAAUUAUGUGACAAAAAAAACAAUAAAUUAAUAUU